UUGCUACACGUCCAGGCAGUGGAGGAUGAGGUCCGCCGCCGGAACUCACCCCCUACAACCUCCGAACCUAUCUCUGUGUCCAAUGAUGAGAUUUCAUCCCUCAUCAAAGGACUUAAGCCUAAAAAGGCUCCGGGUGCGGAUGGCAUCUCCAACCAAGCCCUAAAACACUUUCCUGAGCAGGUGUUAACCUUUUUAUCUAUUAUCUUCAACGCCUGCCUCAACCUUAGUUACUUUCCCACUACGUGGAAAGAGGCAACUGUGAUUGGUAUUCCCAAGUCAGGCAAGCGUCUCAACCUCCCCUCCAGUCAUCGCCCCAUUAGCCUCCUCAAGGCAAUGGGCAAGCUCUUCGAAAGAGUCAUCCAAACUCGUAUGAGGCGCUAUCUGUUUCCCACAGACGGUGACCCUCUUAUCAUUCCCCAUCAAUUCGGUUUCCGAGCGCAACACUCAUGUCUCCAACAAGUUCACCGUAUUGUGGAAUAUAUCCUCAGCGGUUUUUAUCCUCGUCGUCAUAAGACCAUCGCGGUCUUUUUCGACAUAGCUAAAGCCUUCGAUAGAGUCUGGCAUACAGGCCUUAUCUACAAGCUGUACAAAAUAGGUCUCCCCGAUCGUCUAGUACGUCUUGUGGCCUCUUACUUAAAGCAUCGUACCUUUCGUUUUAGACAGGAAGGCACGCUAUCUUCACAGAGCCCUAUUAAAGCUGGUGUCCCUCAGGGCUCAGUACUUGCACCUCUGCUGUACAUCCUGUUCACCAACGACAUUCCCAUCCCGUCGAAAGGUGUUCAGCUUUCCCUCUUCGCAGACGACACUGCUAUUUACUGCAAAGGUAUCUCGCUACCUUUCAUACGGAACAAGGUUCAAAAGUCAGUUGACGACCUAGGAGCUUGGUUCAAAAAAUGGCGCAUCGAUGUGAACCCGGAGAAGAGCUCCGCCGUUCACUUCGAUUAUAAACGACGCCGUCUCAAAAACACUCCACCAAUACGUAUGCUAGGGACCCCCGUCCCCUGGCAUACGACUGCCAAAUAUUUAGGUGUCACUCUAGACACAAGGCUUACUUUCAGGCCCCACAUCAAAAGAGUAACCCGUUCCGCACGUUUUUACCUGAGUAGGCUUAACAGUAUGUUGGGCCGACACAGUAAAAUGUCCCUCAGAAACAAGCGUACCCUUUAUAAGGUCUGUAUACGACCAGUCAUGUCCUACGCGGGCCCCGUUUUUGCCCACGCUGACCCUAAAAUUAUUAAUGAACUCCAAAUAGUUCAAAACCUUUUCUGUCGUCGAGCUGCGAACGCACCUUGGUACGUCCAUAAUGCCGACCUUCAUCGGGACGUAGAGCUCCCCACAAUUCAACAAUUUCUCAAAAAAAUCUCUGAGAACAUCUUCAAAGCCUCAUAG